AUGCACCACUUCCCCUUGCUCGACGACCCGCGCCGCCUCCGCCGGCUCCUCUCGUCCUGCGCGGCGCUCCGGACACUCACCCGCCUCCACGCCCUCCUCAUCGUCUCCUCCGCCUCGUCCCACCACAUUCUUUCCUCCUGCCUCGCCACCGCGUACGCCCGCGUCGGCGACCUCGCCGCCGCCGAGUCCACGCUCGCCACCGCGCCCACGGCCCCCUCCUCCAUCGCCGCGUGGAACGCCCUCCUCGCGGCGCAUUCCCGCGGGGCCUCCCCGGACGAGGCGCUGCGCGUCUUCCGCGCUCUCCCGCCCGCCGCGCGCCCCGACAGCACCACCUUCACGCUCGCGCUCUCCGCGUGCGCGCGCCUCGGAGACCUCGCCACCGGGGAGGUCGUCAGGGACCGCGCGUCCAAGGCAGGUUACAGGAACGACAUCUUCGUGUGCUCGUCGCUGCUAAACUUCUACGCGAAAUGGGGCGCCAUGGACGAUGCCGUCAAGGUGUUCGACAGAAUGCGGAAGAGGGACCGCGUCACCUGGAGCACCAUGGUUACCGGAUUCGUGAACGCGGGGCAGCCGGUUCAGGCGAUUGAGAUGUACAUGAGGAUGAGGGGGGACGGUCUGGAGGGAGACGAGGUGGUCAUUGUCGGGGUUAUACAGGCCUGUGCAGCAACAGGGGGUGUCCAGAUAGGGGCCUCAGUUCAUGGCUACUUGUUGCGGCAUGCUAUGCGGAUGGACGUUGUCAUCUCAACAAGCCUUGUGGACAUGUAUGCGAAGAAUGGACUGUUUGAUCAGGCGCGACGGGUGUUUGAGCUGAUGCCGCACAGGAAUGAUGUGUCGUGGAGCGCACUGAUCUCACAGCUUGCACAGUAUGGGAAUGCAGAUGAGGCACUUGUCUUGUUCAGACAGAUGCAGGUCUCUGGUCUUCAGCCCAGUUCAGGGCCAGUUGUUGGUGCACUAUUAGCUUGUUCUGGUCUUGGACUCUUGAAGCUAGGGAAGUCAAUACAUGCGUUCAUCUUGAGGAGGCUUGAGCUCGAUUGCAUGGUAGGUACAGCAGUCAUUGAUAUGUACUCCAAAUGCGGCUCCCUGGCAAGCGCCCAAAUGCUUUUCGAUAAGGUUGUCUCGAGAGACUUGAUUUCGUGGAAUGCGAUGAUUGCAUGCUGCGGUGCUCAUGGACGAGGCCAUGAUGCCCUCUCUUUGUUUCAAGAAAUGAAGAGAAACGAAGUAAGACCUGAUCCUGCCACAUUUGCUUCUCUUUUGUCGGCUCUCAGCCACUCCGGUCUCGUAGAAGAAGGGAAAUUCUGGUUCGAUUGCAUGGUUAAUGAGUAUGGAAUUGAACCUGCCGAGAAACACUUGGUGUGUAUAGUGGAUCUCUUAGCUCGUUCUGGUCUUGUUGAAGAGGCCAAAGACCUGCUGGCAUCAAUGCACACCAAACCAACCAUCUCAAUUUUGGUCGCUCUACUUUCAGGCUGUCUGAAUAACAAGAAGCUGGAACUUGGAGAGAGCACAGCAGAGAAGAUCCUUGAACUGCAGCCUGGGGAUGUUGGCGUCCUUGCCUUGGUCUCAAAUCUUUAUGCUGCUGCCAAGAACUGGGACAAGGUCAGGGAGGUGCGCAAGCUAAUGAAGGACCACAGCAGCAAGAAGGUGCCCGGGUGUAGCUCGAUAGAGAUACACGGAGCACUGCAUACAUUCGUCAUGGAGGAUCAGAGCCAUCCUCAGCAUAGACAGAUUCUACAGAUGGUCUCGAAGCUCGACUCCGAGAUGAGGAAGAUGGGCUAUGUCCCGAAGACGGAGUUCGUGUACCAUGACCUCGAGGAAGGCGUCAAGGAGCAGCUUCUCAGCCGCCACAGCGAGAGGCUGGCCAUCGCCUUUGGGCUGCUGAACACCAGCCCAAGGACGCCAUCAAGUACAUGUCAAAGAUCGCCGCCAGGGAGAUCGUGGUGCGAGACGCGAAACGCUUCCACCAUUUCAAGGACGGAGCCUGCUCCUGCGGUGAUUACUGGUGAAGGGUGUCUCGCGACACAACCUGUCCGUUGUCCACAGCUUCGUCCUUGCUUGGUCUCAAAUCUUUAUGCCGCUGCAUGA